UCUCGGGAUGGCUGCAGGGUUUUGACUCAGCAGUCAUCCGUAUGCAUAGUAAAUAUCCUCUUGUGUAUCUCGAUUUAAAUGCUAGGUAAAGCAGAAGCGGGAUAGUCAACGUCGAUCACAGCAAUCUACAAUGAAGGCCUGGCUGUGGAUGUUACUGGCACUGCCGGCUAUUGGGGCCCAACCCUUGAUGAACGCACCGCCUAAUUGUAUACAGCCAGCCAAGCCCGGGUCUUGUUCGGCCGGCAUCACCAACCACUUCUACAAUACCACUUCCGGUCAAUGUGAAACCUUUGUUUUCGGAGGAUGUGGGGGCAACGACAACCGGUUCCAGAGUAAAGAGGACUGCGAGAGGAGAUGUUCCUGCCACAUGCCCCCAGACACCGGGCCGUGUCGGGCGAGCAUGGAGAGGUGGUACUAUAACGAGAAGAAGGGAUGUUGUGAGCGCUUCACAUUUGGAGGCUGUAAGCCAAACGGAAACAAUUUCGAAUCAAAAAAAGGGUGCGAGAGGACGUGUAACUGGAGCGUUCCUGGGAAGCAGAAACCACUGGGCAUAGAGUGGGGAACUGGAUACGACCGGAGGCUCGGAGAAAUCGUAUACAAGAACUACGGCACAACGUACGGCGGAAGUGGUACCAUCUGGCUACACAAUGAGAUAGAGACUAUGAAAUCUGCUCCCCAGGCAGGUAGUCAAAUCAUGGGCAUUAUCAAGAGGACGGGCAGACGCCAAGUGCCAGGAGUACAGACUAAAUUACAGUUUAAAAUGAUGAUGGGAGGAGGCCAGGGUGGAGGUCAAGGUCAAGGAGCUGGUGGAAUGGUCAGCGGUGGAGGUUUGACGAGUGGUGGAAGUGGCGGGAUGAUGAGCUCCGGUGGAGGAGGUGGUAUGAUGUCUUCCGGUGGAGGUGGUGGAAUGAUGAGUUCUGGUGGAAGUGGAGGAAUGAUGAGUUCUGGCAGAGGUGGUGGUAUGAUGACAUCCGGCGGAGGUGCCGGGAUGAUGAGCUCCGGUGGAGGAGGUGGUAUGAUGACUUCCGAUGGAAGUGCCGGGAUGAUGGGGCCCGGUGGAGGAGGUGGUAUGAUGACUUCCGGCGGAGGUGCCGGGAUGAUGAGCUCCGGUGGAGGAGGUGGUAUGAUGGCUUCCGAUGGAAGUGCUGGGAUGAUGGGCCCCGGUGGAGGAGGUGGUAUGAUGACUUCCGGUGGAGGUGGCGGAAUGAUGGGUUCUGGCGGAAGAGGUGGUAUGAUGACUUCCGAUGGAAGUGCCGGGAUGAUGGGUUCUGGCGGGGGAGGUGGUAUGAUGACUUCCGGUGGAGAGGGCGGAAUGAUGGGUUCUGGCGGAAGAGGUGGUAUGAUGACUUCUGGUGGAGAUGGUGGUAUGAUGACUUCCGGUGGAGGUACCGGGAUGAUGGGUUCUGGUGGGGCUGGCGGCUGGCAAAAUGGGGGAGGACAAGGAGCAGGAUUCGGCCCAGGAAUAAGGAACUACCAAGUCUAAAGACAUUAUAGUGUCUCAAUGAUAUAUGUGUGUUAAUGACCAGAGUGAUCUAUCGUGUUCUCCGGAUUAGGGUAAAUUAUACGAGGUAAUUUUAAACAAAUGCGAACAAUGUACUUGUUCUGUAUAUUCUAGGAUUUCGCUUCCUAAUUGUGUUAAUAUGAUAUUUCAAUAUGACUAGACUACAUGAACUUAGCCGGUAUAUACUAUUUCGCGUGACAGAAUUUUAAUAUACGGAUUGACCUUUUCUUUUCUCAAUAUGUCACACUUAUUAAUGAUGUUUUCCAUUAAAACUUUUUGAAAUCAA